AGGUGCUGCAAAAUGUCAAGCAGGUUACCAGUACAUCACUAUGGACAGUCGUCCGCUUCUGCUCUGUGGACAUGCUUCCGUCUGUGAGGUCUGCAUUUGCACGGGUCUGCAACGCCGGCCAAGAAAUUCUUACCUGGUGCAAGCCGAAUGUGAUAAAUCCCGGUGAUCCCAGACUUAUCAGCGCCACAGAGUUCUGCCUCCUUGGGUAUUACAAUGUCACUGGACAACGGGAAAUGGCACAUUACAACUUUGCCCCGACAGAUCGGCGCCACAACUUCCAGUUGUUCGAUGCCUGCACACGCAAGUAUUUCCAUCUGAGCGACAACACCGUGUUAUGUCCCUACCAGAAGCCCUACUCCCUUUACUCCUGGUUGGUUACCAAAUUUUCUCCUCCUGGCGCGACCGUUUUGGAUGGCUUUUCUGGCUCGGGAACAGGUGUCAUUGCCUGCAUCCUCUCAAACCGUAACUGCCUUGUUGUGGAAGUGAACAAGCGUUGCGCAAAGGGGAUUCUCAUCAGGUUGCUUACCGACAUCUCAAAGACGCUCGAAAGAGAAAUGUCAAAACAAGGAAAAGGAAAGGCGAAGGAGUCGCAACUAAACGAGGAUAUUGAGGUGUCCGGGGACCACGGGCUUGAGGAACAAGAGAAGUUGGAUGAAGAAGGGAUCGUUGAGGAGGCUACGACCCAACAAAUGACCCAUGAGACAUGGCAGCCGAUGCCAGGUCUCAUCAGCAAGCCUGCAGAAGAAAGCAACAGUGUGGGAGAGGCAGAGGGAGCUGCCCAGCAGCUCGGGGCGAACAUCCCGGUACCUCCAAAACAGCAGAAGGAGACUAUUGCUCCAGUUGUGGCAUUUUUGGUCAGUGUGGUGGUCCCGACUAAUAGUGCACAUGGCGUGCUCUUUGGAGCUCCCGACUCCUCUCAGGAAUUCCGAGAAGCAGAAGAUCCGCUGUCGGGCGCAUCGGCCCCCGCGUGAGCGAGGGCCCUCCCGACUAUGUCACGCAGGAGUUAAAACCGACAAAUUAGAGACAACUCAGGAUAAUGCAUAGAUAAU